UUUUCAAGUCCUUGAAAUCAAACAAGGCAACUACAAUUAUUUUUGUUUUGGAGUGAGAUGAGGUACCAUUCGAUGAUUAGAUGGUCCACCCGGGUACCCACUCCCUGAUCCAAGAAUGCUUUCUGGAGAAGGCUAGUGCAACGUCUGAGCACUUUCUCCAGGACUACCAAUGGUACUAGUCAUGUACCACGGUUUCCUGUAUACUGUAGUGUAGGUCCGAAAAUUGGGACUUUAUAAACUUUGAUACAGAUAGUAUUCGACAAUCUUUUGCUAACCAUUUUUGCGCCAUGGCGCAGUCGAGAACAAUUGUAGAUGUGCCCGAAGUCGUCAUUAGCCUCGUGACCAUUCAGGAUGAUGAUUUCCCUCUGCCUGUCAUGGCUGUGUGCUUCGAUCAGCGAGGAAAGCACAAUAUUAUGUCCCAAUCAUUCUUCUAUUGCUUGGGGUAUGCGCUGGAUGUUGUGCAUCGCUUCGCACGAGAAGAGAAGAUCUCAGCAGUGGUGUUCUGCAGUGGAAAAUCCACGUUUUGUGUCGGUGCGGACAUUGAGUACCAACUGGAGAUGAAUUCUCCUCAAGUAUGCGCAGAAGCAGUGAUGUCCUGUCAGGGGCUGAUCAACCUGGUCGAGGCAAUAGCAGUGCCGACAAUAGCUGUCAUCAACGGUCUUGCCCUGGGCGGUGGCCUGGAGUUGUGCCUAGCCUGUGACUAUCGUGUGGCUGACUGGCAAAAUGGGCGAAUGGGCUUGCCGGAAGUUCAUGUCGGCGUCCUUCCUGCUCUUGGCGGCUGUGUUCGACUGCCCCGUUUGAUUGGCUUCAAACCAGCGCUAAAGCUAGUCUUAACGGGCAGAACGAUCCGUGCUACGGAAGCUCAGUCGAUUGGUCUUGUUGAUGCACUUCUCCACAACAGCCAGAGCAAGGAGGGUGAGCGCUUCACUUACCAUUGGAUCGUGGAGCUCUCUCAACAAUGGAGACUGGGCAAGCUGGGUGGACAGCUCAUUUGUUCAACAGUUGGUCCUGUCGAGAAGGGUGCUAAGGGCUCGGCGAAGCCCGGCAGUAAGCUUACCAGCAAUGCUGGGAAAGGUACUGCUCGUGCUCGUCUUAUGCGCCAGAACCAACCAGCAGCUGACAAGGCACCUCAGCGACGAAUAUCAUAUAAGGUUGGACAUAUGCAGAUUGAAGUAGCUGAUAUGAAGGAGAUCAGGCUACUGAAUGAUCCCACCCUGGUUCAGGCAGCCCUGGCAGCUUGUGAAGAUAAACUGAAACAGAAAUAUCUUAGUCGAUGGUCAUGCUGGACUCAUGUUGAGCAGAUGGCAGUCUACUAUGGUGCUCUGCAGCGCAUCAAUGCGGAGUCACAUGGCAUCUUUCCAGCGCCAUACCUCUGCUUGCUAGCCAUGCUACGGGCAUGGCAGGCAUCAUCGGUUGUCGACGCGUGCACACUGACGGCUGAACCAUAUACGGUGCUCGCCCUGUCACCCGAGGCAGUCUCGUUGAUGUCUUCGUUCCUGGAAGUGCGCCAGUGCAGCCAGAGAGCCCAGAGGUUCCUAUUGCCUGAGAAUCAACUCUGGCUCUCUCCAGCUGAGCAACAGUCACAUUCGCAGCAUGACAAUCUAGCAAUACCCAGUAGGAGUGCUGCAUGUGAUGGUUCAGCAUCUGCCUCUCCUUGUAGCGAUGCAUCAGAUGUGGGUGCAGCCAACAGUGAUCAGAACGGCGGCAGCACAGUUCGCAAACGGAAAAAGACAAAGAAGAAGAAGGGCUCGGAUAAGCCCCAGCCUGCGCAACCUAGCCAGCAGCAACAGGCUGCUGCUCCGCAGGGACUUACACCGCCGCUGCCACUGAGAACAUCGAAUUCCUCGGCCAAUAACUCUCGGCCCGGUUCAGCUGAUAGCAACCGCUCGCUGAGUGCUUUCAGUUCAUCAAAGGAGAGUGUGGAGCAAGUCGUGACUUUUGUUGGUGAUGCCAGCCCGCAUUCCAUAGCAUUGCUGCUACAGCUUCUGGUCGCUGAGGUGCCUGUCUUUCUUCUAGCUCCUACAACUGUAAUUGCUCAUGCAGUUUUGUCACGAGUACGCUUACAGAUGAAUCACCAGUUGAAGUAUGGUUCAUUGACGCCAGCCAUGAAGAUUGCACGACUUUCGCAUCUGAAAGGCAGUGGAGAUAUAAUGCAGUGGGAGCGCUGGAUGACUGCUUGUUGCAAGGACCUACACAAAUUGUUCUGGGACCAGAGGCCUGGUAGCACGACCAGCAUUGCUCAUUUGGUUCUGGUGACAAGCACAGUGGAUUCGGACACAUACACUUUGGAUGAGCUGGUCACCAUUUGCAAUCAAUUGUCCCAGGCCAGGAGUUACCAGUCUGUUGCGCUUCGCAGUGCAUGCGUUCUCUCUUCGCCAACCAGCUUUUUGCAAGCACUAUCAGUUAAGCUCGCCAUACCUUCUGCUAUGCUGCAAUUGCAAGGACUCGGUGUUGAUAAUUCAAAAGUACGCUGCUUGGAAGUCACCUCAUUUAGAGCUUUCUCGGGAAAGAGUGGUUCACUACCAGGGACAGAUCCCUGGUUCGUGAGAAGUUUGUCCACAUUUCUCAGUAAGAUUGGUAAGACACCUAUAGUGACGGUGAUGCCUCGCUGCCCAUCUAUUUCCGUGCAAGUGUCGCUGAUGUGUCUGGAAGUCGCAUGUCGAUUGGCGGUGUAUGGUGGACGUGACUUGUACGACACCGACCAGAUAUUUGUGUCUGUUGGCUUCCAAAUGUCUCCCUUGCAGUACUUGACCAAGUGUGGUGUGAGCUCCGUUGUGCGCAUUGUCCACAACCAGGUCCGCUACCGUACCCUCUACUCUCUACUGGAUACUGUCAUCAAGAAUACUGUUGAUGAGGAGCACGGCGAAGAGGAUAUCAAGAUCUUCAACGCUAAGGGACAUGGUAUUGCAGCAUGUCUGGCAUUGGCUGUCAAGCAGUGUCGCAAAGCGCUGACUCCAUCGAAUCCAGCCCUCGUCAAGGUACUACGAUCUUGGUCGCAUCAGCAGUGUGCUAUGGCCUGCAUGCUGGCAUGUGUUAGUGAAGCAGUGCGCUUUCUCGAUGCUGUUGAGCACCUACCUGACAUUGACUUGCUGCUAGCUGGUGGUCCACCGUGCUUUCCCAUCUCACAAGGCGGCCCACUCUUCUAUGGGGAUCGGCUAGGCUGGGAGGAGGUUGCCAAGCAGACAGAGUCUCUGCUCACACACGGUCUGUUCUGUGGCCUCGCCACAUACGAUACCUGGCCAAUGGCAGGUGAGGCGCUUGAGCAACAUGUCGCUAGGAAGUACCGCCCAGCGGCGUACAACGGCUCAGUCGUACAGACACUGUUUCCACUCCGACCACGUGGUUUACCUGUGUCGCUCGGCCUACGUGGCUUGCCAGCUGGCUAUGGCAAGAUGCCAUGGUUUAGUUCGUUUGACGCUCCAAUCUGGUUCUGUCUGCAUCUCAUUGUCUUCUUCUUCAUUGCUCUGCUGGUCGUUCUCUGGAUAGAGGUGAGAGCUGGCAACACCUUGGAGUUCCGCUUUCCAUGGUGGUAACCGAUGUGUAGAUCACUUGCCUGCUUCUUCACUUCUCCUCUCGCUACCGAACACACACACGCACACACACACACACACACACACACACACACACACACACACACACACACACACACACACACACACACACACACACACAUACACACACACAUACACACACACAUACACACAUACACACACACACAUACACACACACAUACACAUACACACACACACAUACACGAUAGUGCAGCUACUGACUAUAGUAUUGCUUUACUUCUGCUCACACUCCUAUCAUAAACACAUACUAGUAUCCAGUUCUUACUCACGGGCUGGGCUUUAGGGGUUUGCCUCACUGCCCUGACUUUCCUUGCAUUCACCUGCAGUGCAUCACGUUCCAAAUCCCCAUUACGUACAACCAUAAUUAUUACUAACCUACUCAACUGCUUUUCAAAUCAGUCUAAAGUACAUGAUGACAAUUGUAGUGAAAGUUGAGCCCAGAACUGUGUAUCCUGGUGGUACAGUUCCCGGCUCGUUCUCUUCUAGACCCCAGCAUAGUUAUGCGUUCUCACGUUGACGCUCUGCUCUGUUUCCUGCUGGUAAAGGAAAGGGUUUUAUUCGCCACUUGACCGCUUUACCGCCGACUGUCAGAUUUCUCUAUUUUCCUAGGCCUGUCCUUAUUGAAAUUCUACAAUUUGAAAUAUUAAUUAUUUACUAUUUGAUCACGUUUAAAUUGAAUUGCUUCACAGGACUGAGAUCAACUGCAGCAUUCUUAUUACCCCUUGAGGCCACGCUCCUUAUUAAUGCACAGCCACAUUAUUAUAUUUACGGUGUGAUGCUCAUGUCAAUUCAAUACAUAUUACCAAUUAACUGUGCCCCUCGUUACAGUUCAGUUUUAUCUGUCCACACCGUUGCCUCCAGACGAGUUUAGAUAUGUUACAUCCGUCUUUCUUCACAGCUUCAGCUUCCCUUUCAUCUCUCACAGCUUUGCUGUACAAUCAAGACAAUUAUAUCGCUCACUUCGUGCAUGACAUGUCAAUGAACUACAAACCAACGUGAUAGUAAGCUGUUUGCACGUGCAAUCCAGAUUCA